AGAAUCGCUAGUUGCAUCUCAGCGUGAGUCCUCCGGCGCCGACACCGACACCGUCCCCCCUCUUUGCUCCUCGGCACUGUUCCCAUCCCCCGCCCCCCACGUACCAGAGCAAACACUGGCAAGAAUCAUUGAUGGAUGGAUGACAUGGGCGGCGAAAUUUCUCUGCGACGCGAACCAUCACCCUCGUCGCCUCGUCGCCGCCCACUAUUGUCCCACCACCAUCAUGUCCCCUUGCAUCAACAUCCUCCAUUCUUCUCUUCCAUCCAUCACCUUGGUUUCGCCUCAUCCUCCAUCCUCCAUCCUCUCUCUCCUCCUCCUCCUCCUCGCGCUCCCCGCGCCCACAUAAAGGGGGCUGCAGCUAACUCCUUCAGCUCCUUAAAAAAACCCACGUCAACGCUUCACUAAAUCUACGUGGUCGACCCACCCAGAAAACAAAAAACCCCAAACCUCAACCUUCUUCACCAUGUCGUCCGACACUGCCUCCCCCGCCCCCGCCGCGGCUGCCCCUACCUCGCCUCCCCCCGCUGCGGCCCCUGCCCCCGCCGCUGCCGGCUCGGCCCCGGCUCAGCCCGCCCCCACCUCGACUACUGGCCAGCAGCAGCCCGGCACGUCGGCGUCGCUCUACGUCGGCGAGCUCGACCACACCGUCACCGAGGCUAUGCUCUUCGAGAUCUUCAACAUGGUCGGCCCCGUCGCUUCCAUCCGCGUCUGCCGCGACGCCGUCACCCGUCGCUCGCUCGGCUACGCCUACGUCAACUACCUGAACGCUGCCGACGGCGAGCGCGCUCUGGAGCACCUCAACUACUCUCUCAUCAAGAACCGCCCCUGCCGCAUCAUGUGGAGCCAGCGUGACCCCGCCCUCCGCAAGACUGGCCAGGGCAACAUCUUCAUCAAGAACCUUGACGACAAGAUUGACAACAAGGCCCUCCACGACACGUUUGCCGCUUUCGGCAACAUCCUCUCGUGCAAGGUUGCCACUGACGAGAACGGCAACUCGCGCGGUUACGCCUUUGUCCACUACGAGACUGGCGAGGCCGCCGAGGCAGCCAUCAAGUCGGUCAACGGCAUGCUUCUCAACGACAAGAAGGUCUACGUCGGCCACCACAUCUCGAAGAAGGAGCGUCAGUCCAAGGUCGAGGAGCAGCGUGCCAAGUUCACCAACGUCUUCAUCAAGAACCUGGACCCCGAGCUUGACCAGGCCGGUCUCAUGGACCUCUUCAAGCCCUUUGGCGAGAUCGUCUCGGCUGCUCUGGGCAAGGACGAGGACGGCAAGGGCAAGGGCUUCGCCUUUGUCAACUACGUUUCGCACGAGGCCGCCAAGGCUGCCGUCGACGAGCUCAACGACAAGGACAUUAACGGCCGCAAGCUCUUUGUCGGCCGCGCCCAGAAGCGUGCUGAGCGUGACGAGGAGCUCCGCCGCCUCCACGAGGAGAGACGCCUUGAGAACGAGUCCAAGACUGCUGGCGUCAACCUCUACGUCAAGAACAUGGACGACGAGUGGGACGACGACCGUCUCCGCCAGGAGUUUGACUUUGCCGGCACCAUUACCUCGGCCAAGGUCAUGCGCGACGACAAGGGUGUCUCGCGCGGCUUUGGCUUUGUCUGCUUCUCGUCGCCCGACGAGGCUACUCGCGCUGUUCAGGAGAUGAACGGCAAGAUGAUUGGCACCAAGCCUCUUUACGUCUCGCUCGCGCAGAAGAAGGAGGUCCGCCGCCAGGCUCUCGAGUCGCAGAUGCAGCAGCGCAACGCUCAGCGUCUCCAGUACGCCGCUGCCAACGGUCUCGGCGGCCCCCAGGGCUACAUGCAGACCCCCAUGUACGGCUACCCCCCGAUGGGCCCUUACGGCGGCCCCAUGAUGCCCGUCCGCGGCGUCGUCGGCGGCUACCCCGGUGCUCCCCCUAUGAUGGGCGCCCGCCCCGGUGCUCGCUACCCGUCUGGCCAGCCCGGCGCCCCCGUCCCCAUGGGCUACAUGCCGCCCAACGCCCAGGGCGCUUACCCCGGCAUGCCUCCCAACUACCCCGUCCGCCCUGCCGGCAACACCCGUCCCCCCACCGCCCCCGCCGGUGCUCGCCCUGGCUCGUCGCCUGUUGGCGCCCAGCAGGGUCUUCCCCGCGGCCAGGUCCCCGCCGCUCGUCCUCAGGCCGAGGGUGGCGCUCCCCAGCCCCGCCUGAACGCCCAGGCUCUUGCCCGCGCUUCGCCCACGGAGCAGAAGCAGAUGCUCGGCGAGGCCAUUUACCCCCUCAUCCACGAGUCGCAGCCUGAGCUCGCCGGCAAGAUCACCGGUAUGCUCCUGGAGAUGGACAACGCCGAGCUGCUCCACCUUGUCGAAUCGCCUGCUGCUCUUACCGAGAAGGUUGACGAGGCCCUCCGUGUCCUCGAGGACUGGGGCAAGGACGGCAAGGAGGGUGACGACAAGGAGGAGGAGGCCAAGGACGAGAAGAAGGACGACGAGGAGAAGAAGGAGUAAUCCGCUCGCUCUGACCUUCCUUUGACUUUGCCCCUCGUUUGUUAAUUCCUCCUGGCCUCCCCCCUCUCCUCGUCACUGACCAUCGCUUCGUUCUUGGGGUGGAAAUCCCGAGAACCCAUACCCCACCGCCACCUGUGUACAUCUCUACCUCGACCCAUGGCUUUCUGGCACCCUCUCCUUAUAUAGCCGCCAGACCUUUCCUCUUAGACCGCGCACGUUCAGCUGAGUGUACGAUGGUGUGAGGGGGCUGAUAUGCAACGACUUUCUCUCGUGUACUAUCAGCUGGAGCCUGCCAAGCAGGCGACGCUGGCGAGGUGAUUCUGAGGUUAUCGAGGCGGUGCGCAACAUUGAAUGUGACGAAUGCUAUGCUCGCGGCGACCAUGAUGUGCCCGCGAGAGACGUGAGCCGUGCAUGUGACUGUCUCAGCGAGGGUGACUGCAGAAGUGUGCAGCUGUCAGUGUG